UGUGUGUGUGUGUCACCCAACAGUAUCAGUCUCAUCAGGAAGUUGAUUUAAGAAAUACAUUGAAAAAUGUCACAAAACGCUGAACUAAAACAGAAGGGAACAACGAUAGCUACUGUUUAGGACACAUGUAUGUGUACUCCAGCCAAAUGCAUGAUUCUUUGUCUGAAAGUUCCAACAAUAUGCCUAAGCAAGUGGAGGUGAGGAUGCACGAGAGCCACCUGGAGCCUAUCGAGGCCAGGCCCAGGUCCAAAUGUGCCAACAUCUGCUCCAAGCUGUUCAAGAACCUGCUGCUCACGCUGACCGUGCUCGGUGUGAUUCUGGGGGCUGUGUCUGGGAUGCUGCUUCGUGUCGCCUCUCCCAUCCACCCGGACAUCGUCAUGGUGAUUGCCUUCCCUGGAGACAUACUGAUGAGGAUGCUGAAGAUGUUGAUUCUCCCUCUGAUCAUCUCCAGUUUAAUCACAGGUCUGGCUGGUUUGGACGCCAAGUCCAGCGGUCGCCUGGGCACCAGGGCUAUGGUCUACUACAUGUCCACCACGAUUAUCGCUGCUGUGCUGGGGGUCAUCCUAGUCCUGAUUAUUCACCCUGGCGACCCUAAGCUGAAGGAGAAGCUGGGAGAGGGACACAAGAACGACGAUGUCUCCAGCCUGGAUGCCUUCUUCGACCUCAUCAGGAACCUGUUCCCGGAGAACCUGGUCCAGGCUUGCUUCCAGCAGAUCCAAACGGUGACUAAGAAGGUGGAGAAGGUAAUUGUGGAGGACGUCAAUGCCACCACCACUGUGGAGGGUCUGCUGGCAAACAUCACCAAGGAACCAGAGUUCAUCGUCAAGAAGACUCUGCAGUUCAAGAGUGGCAUGAACGUCUUAGGUCUUAUUGGAUUCUUCAUUGCCUUCGGUAUCUGCAUGGGGAAGAUGGGCGAGAGAGCCAAGCUCAUGCUGGAGUUCUUCAACAUCCUCAACGAGAUAGUGAUGAAGAUCGUCAUCAUGAUCAUGUGGUACUCUCCCUUCGGUAUUGCCUGUCUGAUCUGUGGCAAGAUCAUCUCCAUCGACGACCUGGAGACAGUGGCAAAGCAGCUGGGCAUGUACAUGGUGACUGUCAUCGUAGGCCUCCUCAUCCACGGUGUCAUCUUCCUUCCCAGCAUCUACUUUGCCAUCACCAGGAAAAACCCUUUCACCUUCUUCAUGGGCAUCUUCCAGGCCUGGAUUACAGCCCUGGGAACUGCCUCCAGUGCUGGGACACUGCCCGUCACCUUCCGCUGCCUGGAGGAGAACCUCGGCAUUGACAAGAGAGUGACCCGCUUCGUGCUUCCCGUCGGCGCCACCAUCAACAUGGACGGAACCGCCCUGUAUGAGGCCGUGGCGGCCAUAUUUAUUGCCCAGAUGAACGGCAUCCACCUGGAUGCUGGGCAGAUUAUCACUGUCAGUAUGACAGCCACUCUGGCCAGUGUGGGAGCUGCCAGUAUUCCCAGUGCUGGACUGGUCACCAUGCUGCUGAUCUUGACUGCAGUGGGCCUGCCUACCCAGGACAUCAGUCUGCUGGUGGCCGUUGACUGGCUCCUGGACCGCUUCCGGACCUCCGUGAACGUCGUGGGCGACUCGUACGGAGCGGGGAUCGUGUACCACAUGUCCAAGGCUGAGCUGGACGAGCUGGACGCUCACGCUGCCAAGUCGGACGACAUCGAGAUGAUGAACAAGACCCAGUCCUACUAUGACGACAUGAAGAACCACCACGAAAACAACUCCAACCAGUGCGUCAGUGCCGCUCGCAAUUCAGUCGUAGUAGAUGAGUGCAAGGUAACCUCGGCCACAAACGGCUCUGCUGCGGAGUGCACGCUUGUUGAGGAGGAACCAUGGAAACGUGAAUAAUGCCAGCACACAGAUCCCCAGCUCCACAAGCUUUCCUAUCCAGUGAAAAAAGAGUGGAAAAAAAACACACAAAAAAAAAACACGCAAACAGAACUACUAAUGUUUUUUUUUAUGUAGUUUUUAUUUUAUUUUAAGAGUCCCUUUUACAGUGUUUUUAACCGUCUAUCUGGCUGACUGAACCAACUAAUACUAAUUCACUUAAGAGUGAGAUGAUAACAGAGGUAUGUUUAGCCUGUUAGAGUAUUAAAAUGUGCUAUGUAGCAAACACUUGCACAAUGGACAUCAAGGCUUGGGAGGGAGUGAAGAGAGAACAAACUGUUACUUCAAUUAAUCCUAUAAAUAUGCUGUCUGUUUCUACAGAGCCAGUGCUUUCAUAGCCUGGCGGGAGGGUUAAUGUAAUGGUAAACAGUAAAGAAACAGCAGUCAUUCAGGUGGUAGGUUUCAGUUUGAUACAGGCAACCUGUCACUCGAGUGACAGAAGAUGAUUGAGAAUAAUUGUUAUGGAGUCAUGGAAGACUGACAGGUUCCCUGUGUUAAACGUCACUACGGUACGUCACAAGCUUGUCAUUACUAGCACCAAUGGCACAGCAAUAGGCAGCUGCUCAACCACAGAGCCCCUUUUAUCUGACAAAGUAUACUUUGACCCUUCCUAAUUUCCCUUCCCCUUGUAAAACAUCCCAUUGUCUUUGCUACCCACAACCCCUUGGGUGCAUCAGGGUGAUGGAAUUGUUGAAGACAGAUAGCAAGGACGGGAUUCCUGAUGCUUACUCUACAACCACACGUUCUGUGGAAAACACAAGCACAAUUCACAUAUGAUAAUAGAGCCCUUUUGUCUUUUGGUUGUGUCUACUGUAACGGGAAGGUAAUUUUUCAGUGUUGCCAUGCUGUAUCUGUGUGGUUUGUGUGAAUGGAUGUGUGUAUGGGUUUUAAUGAGAACAGGACCAAGUUACCUAUUGGGACCAAACAGACAUUAAAUCAAUCAACCCACAGAGGCCUUUGAAACGCCUCCAUGACGUUAUUCCAUGAUCAGUACUGUCUUUUUGGUUUCUACAUUGCGCACAAUCCAUGCAUUACCUAAACCCUUGAACUAUGGGUCUCUCAUUACUUUGUUUCAACUCAUCAAAAUGAGCCAUUAUGGAACUGAGAACCCUGCCUGGUUUAUGCACUGGACUACUUAUAAUUAUAAACUACUGUAAUGGGAAUCCUACAGUGUCCCCAGAUGUUAAUACAGUAAAUCAGACUCACUUGAAUGUCCUUUUUCGUUUUUCUGAUUGAAUACUUAUAAUAAUAUGAGGCCAAAUAUAAAGAUGAUAGCACAAUUUUAUUGCCAUUUAUGACAAGCAAAUAUUAGAACAUUGCACAAAUGAAUUAUUGGCACUUAAAAAGAAAUUGCCAUUUGAACAAAAAGUCAUUGACAAAGCACUUGUGGUAUAGUAAGAUUGAAAGAAAUUUCAAGCAAAAUGCAUACAUUCACCACCCUUUGAAUGAUCUUACAGACUUAACAUAAAUACAUUUUUGAAGAGCCCCAUAAAGUAAAACAUUGGAUACUCACGCUUAUUAUCAACUCUUCAGCAAGGAGGACAUGUUCGAUUUUAAUAUAUCAUAACCCUAAAAUGUUUACUUCCAUAUGAGAGAUUCUCAAAAAGCCUGUUUACGAUCGCCUUUCUCGUGCACAACUUGAAUCUGUAACCUUUGACUAUAAACAAAUUGACUGUUUACUGGCUAAUUAUUUUUUAAUGAGAAAGUAUUGUAUAUAUUGCACCUAUAUGAUGAAGAUGGAGUUUCCCUACUCAAUUAUUUAAAAGUAAUCUAUACCUUUAUUACAUAUUGUUAUGAGGAGAAGCACACAGUUGUUUGACAAGCUUAACAUUCCAGCCUCAAUUAUCCUUGGCCUUCCUUUAUUAUUACUAAGCACAAACAUAUUCAGUACCAGUCAGAAGUUUGGACACACCUUCCUAUUCAAUUGAAUGGAACAAUGAUUCCACACUUCUGACUGGUACUGUAUUUUAUAAGACUUGAAAAAGUGGCACAAAACAACCAGACAACUGACAAAAGCUGAAAGAAAAAAAAGCAGGUACAAGGACAGUAUUUCCCAACUCAGAUAGUGGUUGGAUGAAGGUCCAACCCAUGGAAGAGUACUCAUAGUUCUGAUGCAGCCUUUAAGUGGCUUUUCCUCACAUAAAACAACCACUGCCUCGUAAACACCAGAGCUUAAGACUGUUCUUUCUGACCCUGGAUGCUGCAGCUGUAGGUCUGACAACCAAGAGUGGGCCACAACACACACAGCAGCCUAACGGCCACCUAAAACACCGGUUCCAAACUUGCCAGCUUUCAGGUAGUGAACUUCUAUCCCUCUCAUGGAACCAAAUGGCUUAAAUAAAAAUCACACAGACACUCAAAGCUAGUCCACUAUCUGCCAAUCCUUGUCUUGGAGCGCAUGUGUCUGUGUGAGAAUAGUUGUGAUGCAGGUGUGGGUGUCAUUUGUUUAUCAGUGUUGUUUCCUUCUCUCGUGUCGUUUUGUUGAUUUUGCUCAAUGACAUCCUUGCCUUGACGAUGUAAACUUAGAGCUUUGUAGCCAGUUUGAGCAUCAUGAUAAUAUUGAUUAAAGUAACACUAGAAAACCUAACACACAUUUCUGUAGCAGCACCGUCUUUUAAAAACACGGAACACUUCUUUAGUAAGAACAAUGCCACGUUGCUUUUGAGUUUGAUUUACAGGCUGUGCGUCUCGACAACACAGCAUACUGUGGUGUUCUACUGUGCAAGCUGCAUGGACAUGAUUAAUGAUAUAAACACAAAGUCACACACACCUCACACACACACACAUUCAUGGACACGCAAACAAGCGCACACGCACACACCUAUUUCACCCUCAGACACACACAUUAAUUAAUACAUGCACUUGUUAAAUACACACUCAAACA